AUGCUAGAAGAGAGAGGAAAUUUGGAGGUUGGAAUUGGUGGAGGAAAAUUGGAAGAGGAGUGCAUGAAGGGAUUGCUUUUGAAUGUAUGUUCGGUGAAGGAUUCGAAGAGGAGAAUAAGGUGGGAUUCUGGCCUUGUAAUAAGGAGCAGAGGUAGAUGGGGAAAAUGCGGUUGA